CCCACGGCAAACUUCCAGGUGAGAUGAAGAAGCUGAAGAGUUCAGAAGUCGCCAAACACAACCACCGGCAGUCAUGCUGGAUCGUUUUGUACGGCAAAGUCUACGAUAUCACAGACUUUCUCGAUGGUCAUCCAGGAGGGCCACAGGUACUUUUGAGGAGUGCAGGCCAGGAUGCCACGGCCGAGUACGAGAGUGUGCACAGUCCCGACCUGGUCGAAGAGACCCUUCCCUCCACUUCAUUUCGCGGGCUUGUCGACUCGGCCAACCCCAAAGCACAGUCGACAUCAAAUCGCAGUCCGCGGCACAAACCAAAGGCGCGCUUCCCACCAUUGAGGUCAAUGAUCAGCGUCAAUGACUUCGAAGACGUGGCAAAGCAAUACCUCAGUCCAGCCGGAUGGGCCUACUAUUCAUCUGGGGCCGACGAUGAACGUAGCCGGUACGAAGCUGCUCGCGCAUUCCGCAAGCUGACUCUGCGACCCCGAGUCCUUCGCAACGUGGACCACAUUGACACUAGAACAACCAUUCUCGGCAAGAACACCAGCUUGCCGGUCUACGUUUCGCCCUCGGGAUUGGGGAGAUACGCACAUCCGGACGCAGAGUGCGCGUUUGCUUCUGGAGCGGGAAAAGAAGGCCUAAUCCAAGUAAUACCCACAAGCCCCAGUAUGCCCAUCGAGAAGAUCAUCAACGCCCGGAUCAGCGAGAGCCAGCCUGUGUUCUUUCAGCUAUAUUUCAAUCGAGACUUCCAAAAGGCGGAAGCCAUGAUCCGCCGAGUUGAGAGAUUGGGGGUAAGCGCGAUAUGGUUGACGGUAGACUCGCCGGUUCUUGGGAAACGGGAGCGGGACGAUCGAUUGAAGGUUCAAAUCAGUGGCGAAGACGAAUACGCCAUGCUCGAGGAACAGAAACCCGGCGUGGCCAAACUGGCGUCCGGCGGCCUGCUGAAUCCGAGAUUGACCUGGGAUGACAUUGCGUGGAUCCGUCAGGUUACCAAAUUGCCACUUGUUCUCAAAGGCAUUCAGAGCGUGGAAGAUGCCGUCCUCGCGUAUGAAAAGGGAGUCGAAGGAAUUGUUUUAUCUAAUCACGGAGGCCGAUCCCAGGAUACGGCACAAGCGCCGAUGAUCACCCUGCUAGAGAUCCGACGAUAUGCGCCACAUCUGCUCAAUAGCCGAAUGGAGGUGUUCUUGGACGGCGAGAUUCGUCGCGGCACGGACAUUCUGAAAGCGCUGGCUCUGGGCGUGCGGGCGGUCGGGCUGGGGCGACCUUUCCUGUUCAGCCUUACUGGGGGCUAUGGAGAAGCUGGGUUCCGACGAAUGGUCCAGAUCCUGCGCGAAGAGCUUGAAGGCAACAUGGCACUAGCCGGGGCCACCAGGAUCAGUGAGCUUGUUCCGGAAAUGGUCAACACCCAGAGGCUGGACAAGGAAGUUAUUGGCUCCAUCAAGUUGUGA